AUGACAAAGGCUACAGGUGCUCGUUUUAGACAGCGGAAGAUUUCUAUUAAAGCUCCACUGCAAAUUUACCGAGCAAUCGAGAUCCCAGAUUUAGAUGAAGAAAUAUCGCUUCAACGGAGUGUUCCUCUUGUCGAAACGGGAGUAGAUAAAGAUGAAGAAGAUGAACAUCAUUUACGUACAGCCAUUGCAUCACAGAUGUCUCUUAAUUCGAAACAAGUUUAUAUUCCUACACCAGAUGCAUCUAAGAUCGUUGAUAAUUAUGAAAAAUUAUAUAAAAAAACAUUUAUAGAACCGUCAACAUUUAUUCGUUUUUCAAUGACAGUAGAAGAUUCUGAAGGAUGUCCAUAUAGUAUGAAUGAGGAAGAUAGUGAUUGGCUUUUAAAAUUUAAUGGUUCUAAACGUUCGAGGGAAAAUUAUUGUUCAGAAGAUGUAUUUGAGUUUAUUAUGAGUCAAUUUGAAGUUCUAACGAAUGAAAAACAAUGUCUUUAUACGGAUGUUUCUCAAAUUUCUGAUUUUUCUGAAUUUGAAUCUGCAUUUGUUAAUUCAUCUAUUGCAUCUUAUAAAUAUUUUGCUAAGAAAAUUUAUCCUUAUUGGAAGCAUAGACGGAUUUCUAAUAAUGGGAAACAGCUUAUGCCUUCUUUAAGAUUUGAGGAAAAUGAAAAAGAUGAUAAUGAUCCAUACAUAUGUUUUCGAAGACGGGAGAUACGACAGAUUCGUAAAACUAGAAGAUCAGAUGCUCAGAGUUCUGAAAAAUUGCGAAAGCUUCGUUCAGAAAUGGAGCAAGCACGUAAUUUAAUAGAAUUGGUUGUUAGAAGAGAGCAAUUGAAAAAAGAAUCUAUUCUUUUGGAACAGCGUAUUUUUAAUCAGCGUUGCUAUGUAAAGGAAAUAAAACGAAAACUUGGGAUUAAAGAUGAUGAUGAUGAUUUGGUUUCCCAUAAGAAAAAGGCGCACGAUAAUGGAAGUUCUACAGUUCAUAUUUCAGUACCUCAAACGGUUGGUUCUAAUGAAGGCGAUAGCUUUUUUCUUUUGGAAGAUUAUCAAGCAGAAAAGGCUGCUGCUGCUCAUUCUGCACUUGAGAAAGCUCUUCGCCAGAAGCAACUUUCGAAUGUUGGCUGGAAAGAUAUUACAGAUAAUCCAUAUUGUCCUUAUCCGAAAUUAUAUCCUCUUACUUUCUUCAGAAUGAUUACUGCUUCAUAUUGUUUAAAUACGAAAAAAGCGUCACUAGGUUUAUCCUCUAAAGAAGAUUAUCCCUCCCUACCUUUUGAUUCGUCAUCUGCUUUAUCGCAUUCCACUAAAUUUAAUACUAGAAGACUUUUUUGUAGGCAACGCAUUGGUAGAGGCGGCCGAAUUAUGAUUGAUAGAAAAAGCAUUGUUCGUUAUAUUCAUAAUCCUUUAUUAGAUCCAUUAGUUGUUGAUCGGCAUAAAUAUGAUCAUGAUGAUUUUGAUUCAGAGAUAGAAAUAGAUGAUAUGAAUGAAUUGUCUCUUAAAUAUCGUAUUGGUUUGUUGUCAGAUGAGCAUAAUAUACUUGAUCAAACGUCUACUUGUAAUAAUGAUGUUAAAUCUACGAAUAAUUUAGAUUAA